AUGCCUUUCAAACAUAUUCAUGUUCUCUGGCUUUUAGCCAAUGGCCCCGCAACGGUCCACGCAUUCGCCUACCCUCGUAAACAGCAGGGAGAGACAGGCUCAUCACCUCCAUCGAGGAUCGACCUCAAGCAUAUUUCGGACCAGAUAACCCAAUCCACGUCCACUCACUCGAACUCACCCACUACACCCGCGUAUCCCUCAGCCGGUCCCUUUCGCUUGGAAAGCCAUCAGCGACGGAGUGUUACAUCACUCGUCUUGCUCACCAAUGUCUCCAAUUCUCAAAUCGAGCCGUUCGAUGCAAGAGACAGCAACGCUCAUGCCAUUCCGAAACUUGAAUCCGCGAUGACGUUGCGUAACAAGACGUUGCACAGCACGGCAGCAUACGGUUCCACCGAUUACGGUCCAAGCACAAUCGAUACCCAAGCCUAUCAAGCAUCUCCGAGGAAAUUGGGGAGGCGCAAGGGGGGUCAUUUCACUACCGGAACUGCUCUCUGUUGCAUGAACACAGCAGACGUGAUAGACGGUGCCGGCGAGAGUUCAGGCCUUCGUACUACAGACGGCCCAGCGGUUGAAGACCCAGCACAAUUUAACAACGAUCACAACUGCAAGCGAAACCACGUCAUCACCACAGAGUCUCGGUACAGCGACUCCAUCAUUUGCGUCGAACACCGACACCUCUUCGUCAUCGCCGCAGAGUACCGUACUGAUACAACAAGCCAGAUAUCGCCUCCAUCCACCACUGGGGGCGAUAACCCAUCGGAGUCGAAUUCGGGCUCGUCCUUGACCAUGAUUCAAACCAUACCACCAUACACAACAUCUAUAUUUUUUACUGAAUUUGUGACGCUGUACUUGUCUGGAACCCCUGAGAGCUAUCCGAACGGGUCUACAGGUACAGUACAAAGCCCUUCCAGCAGCAGCUGCCCCUCGAAAGUUCCAGCGAAUCCCCGACCUCCUCCUCUCCAUGACGCAAAACACAAGCUCGCAGAGACUUACAGAGACACAAACCUCUGUCUCGGAGACCGUAUCCAAUACCACCGUCACCCGCAGCAGCUCUUUAAGCAGAAGUCCUACGAUAACAGCCACGGCAUCCUUCACGCUUACGCUUACUCAGCGCAGCUCUACGAGCCACAGACCUACGAUAUCAAUUACUCCGACCUUGUUAAGUUCGUCUUCCUAUAG